AUGGAGGUUUUGCCUAAAGUGGAGUCUGACAAAGAGGUUGCCAUUGAUGAAGCUGAAGAGGAUCGACAGGAUGAGGUUAACGAGGACCUGCUUAAACUAGAGGAGACCCUCUGCAACAUACAAAUAACCCCAACGUGUUCCCAGUGAGGUUACUAGAGGGCAUUCACUUUUGUUACACUUUUGUUACACUUUUGGUCAUGUUUAACUAGGGCACAUGGUUAUUGAUUCAUAUGGCUUUCUACAAAAAAUUAUAAACAUACAGGAUGUUUACGUUUAAUGUAAUGAUUACUUACACAAUGACUUGGAGUGCACUCACAUACAGUGGGGAAAAAAGUAUUUAGUCAGCCACCAAUUGUGCAAGUUCUCCCACUUAAAAAGAUGAGAGAGGCCUGUCAUUUUCAUCAUAGGUACACGUCAACUAUGACAGACAAAAUGAGAAAUAAAAAUCCAGAAAAUCACAUUGUAGGAUUUUUUAUGAAUUUAUUUGCAAAUUAUGGUGGAAAAUAAGUAUUUGGUCAAUAACAAAAGUUUCUCAAUACUUUGUUAUAUACCCUUUGUUGGCAAUGACACAGGUCAAACGUUUUCUGUAAGUCUUCACAAGGUUUUCACACACUGUUGCUGGUAUUUUGGCCCAUUCCUCCAUGCAGAUCUCCUCUAGAGCAGUGAUGUUUUGGGGCUGUCGCUGGGUAACACGGACUUUCAACUCCCUCCAAAGAUUUUCUAUGGGGUUGAGAUCUGGAGACUGGCUAGGCCACUCCAGGACCUUGAAAUGCUUCUUACGAAGCCACUCCUUCGUUGCCCGGGCGGUGUGUUUGGGAUCAUUGUCAUGCUGAAAGACCCAGCCACGUUUCAUCUUCAAUGCCCUUGCUGAUGGAAGGAGGUUUUCACUCAAAAUCUCACGAUACAUGGCCCCAUUCAUUCUUUCCUUUACACGGAUCAGUUGUCCUGGUCCCUUUGCAGAAAAACAGCCCCAAAGCAUGAAGUUUCCACCCCCAUGCUUCACAGUAGGUAUGGUGUUCUUUGGAUGCAACUCAGCAUUCUUUGUCCUCCAAACACGAUGAGUUGAGUUUUUACCAAAAAGUUAUAUUUUGGUUUCAUCUGACCAUAUGACAUUCUCCCAAUCCUCUUCUGGAUCAUCCAAAUGCACUCUAGCAAGCUUCAGACGGGCCUGGACAUGUACUGGCUUAAGCAGGGGGACACGUCUGGCAAUGCAGGAUUUGAGUCCCUGGCGGCGUAGUGUGUUACUGAUGGUAAGCUUUGUUACUUUGGUCCCAGCUCUCUGCAGGUCAUUCACUAGGUCCCCCCGUGUGGUUCUGGGAUUUUUGCUCACCGUUCUUGUGAUCAUUUUGACCCCACGGGGUGAGAUCUUGCGUGGAGCCCCAGAUCGAGGGAGAUUAUCAGUGGUCUUGUAUGUCUUCCAUUUCCUAAUAAUUGCUCCCACAGUUGAUUUCUUCAAACCAAGCUGCUUACCUAUUGCAGAUUCAGUCUUCCCAGCCUGGUGCAGGUCUACAAUUUUGUUUCUGGUGUCCCUUGACAGCUCUUUGGUCUUGACCAAAGUGGAGUUUGGAGUGUGACUGUUUGAGGUUGUGGACAGGUGUCUUUUAUACUGAUAACAAGUUCAAACAGGUGCCAUUAAUACAGGUAACGAGUGGAGGACAGAGGAGCCUCUUAAAGAAGAAGUUACAGGUCUGUGAGAGCCAGAAAUCUUGCUUGUUUGUAGGUGACCAAAUACUUAUUUUCCACCAUAAUUUGCAAAUAAAUUCAUUAAAAAUCCUACAAUGUGAUUUUCUGGAUUUUUUUUUCUCAAUUUGUCUGUCAUAGUUGACGUGUACCUAUGAUGAAAAUGACAGUCCUCUCUCAUCUUUUUAAGUGGGAGAACUUGCACAAUUGGUGGCUGACUAAAUACUUUUUUUCCCCACUGUACAUACAUAAUUUUAUUGUAUUCACAUACUUACUACAUGCUUAGACAGCUGCAUCAACACUCAUGCUCAUAUCCAAUCCUAACAGGCCAGAACGGGCACAGGAGGUUGACCUGUCCCAAUACCCUACCUCUUAUAAGGAAAACUCCCCACAGGAAAAGCUGCUGCUUGCCAUCGCUGACAACUUCUGCUGCCAGUAUGUGCACCUUUACCCUGACCGAAAACCCCUUCUGCUGUGCCCACUCAAUGAGUGUGGAGUCCAGGUAAACACCACAGCAUUCACAAUUACACUCACUUUUGACUUUGUUUUCUCUGUGACAUGUUUGUUGUGCACACUGACACCCAUACUUUCUAUGUUCCUCCGACAUCCCCUCUUUGAAUGGGCAUUUUUGUCACUCUUACCUUUCUAACGGCCAAAAUAGAAAUUUGUGAGUACAACCUUGAGGCCCACCUUGCUCUCAUACCCGGAGCUAUACAGCUGGGAGGGAUGUGCAAGCUUUGUGUCAGAGUUCUUGUCUUUAGAGCCACUGGAUCCCCCCAUUGACCCGGUAAGAGAGAGAGACAUCUCUUUGUUUGUCCUAAAAAUGAUAUUAUAAUAAUAGAAGAUUUGGUGUAUUUACUUUUGAAUAUAAGAGACAUAAGGAGUAUUGUUCUUCUUUAUCUCUAGCCAAGACACCUCUACUCUCCAACCUGGUUGAUGCAGACUCAGAGAGGCUCCUGCUUUGAUUUCUCUACUCUGCUGUGUAGUCUGUUGCUGGGUGCAGGCUACAACGCCUACUGUGUUAGUGGAUACGCUGUGAAGGAAAUGUGUAGCCUCAACCAGUCCCUCCAGGAAUGUCCCCUACUGGUUACACAUGUUAAGGUGAGUGGCCUAUAGCAACCUGGCAUCACGACCUGUACAUUGCCCUCCAGUACCACUGAACCGGUAUAUCAGCUAUAAUUUCAUGUUCAAAUUAUGUAAUUUCACUUUAUGCGUCUCUUAUAGCACAGUUGCAUCACUCUUGUGGUUUUCCUGUGGGUGGGUGUGUGUGUUUCAGGGAAAGGCUACUGAGCAGAAGCGACAGGUGAAGAAGUACUCGGUGAAACCACCACGGGACCUUCGCAGUGGCUUUGAGCAGCGUCAGGAGGAACGCAGACAGGCUGAUGCACAGGCUAUCCUCCUGAAGAAACAGCAGGAGGCAGAGAGACUCCAAGAGGUAAGGAGGCAGCUGCAGAAACACUCUGAGAAACAAAUUGUCAAUGUAUUGUCCCUGUUUGAGCACAGGGUAUAUGUCUGUGACUGUCCCUCUGUUAUGUGCCUCAGGAGCGAGAGAGCCUUCCCCCAGAUCCCCUGUUGGGCCUGCGGGUCCACUGCUGGGUUCUCAUUCUGUCUGGCAACCGGGAGGUUCCAGAUAACUUUUUCAUUGACCCACUCACAGGGAAGAGUUUAUCCACUACCAACAAAUGCUUCCUGGGCAUAGAGAGCAUCUGGAACCAUCAGAACUACUGGGUCAACAUGCAGGACUGCCGCUUCGGCUGUGCGGUUAGUAAUGCCCUUUUGUCUGUGACAAUGUGUUUGGACUGUUUGCAUGUACUACAUGUAUUAUAUCUUGCUCACAGAGGUAGUGACAAGGUGUUUUUGAAGUGUUUUUGAAAUUGGGGAAUCACUGGAUGUUUUUGCAGGAGAUGAAUUUCGACCUUGGGGAUGCGGUGAAGUGGGAGUAUCUGCUCUAUGGCACAACUGGCCAAUCUCUGCUUCUCAUCCCUGAUAUGAAAAAACAGCAGGAGGCAGAGGAUGAUGAAGAGGUGCAUCCCAAUCUCACUCUCUCUCACUCAACUCUGCUCUGGUGCCCUUUACCCUUGAUUCUGCACACCCUCUAUGACAUAGACUGUGUGGGAAUAAAUGGUGAAGUUCAUGCAUGGGCGUAUAUUUGUGCUAUCAUUUACUAUGAGCCUGUGUACCUUGUUGUUUUUCUGAAGGAAGAAGUGGAGGAGCCCAAGGUGUUUGAAAUGCCUCCAUCCUGGGUGAAUCAAAUCAACAUCUCACAACAAGGUAAGUCAUUUGUUGCUUUACUCAGCCUCAUAAUCUUGCAUAACUAACUGGACCUUCUGGCCUGGAUUAACCAGCCUAACCCAGUGUUAUGUCUCCUAUCCUUAUCAAAUGUUACAUGCUCCAUCUGUCUGGCCUGACUGACCUUUGUGACUUUGUCCAGACAUGGAGACACGCUGCCCUGGGGGCAUGAAGGUUAUCCAGUAUCGGAAGGCCAAGCUGGAAAAGUUUGCACCCUACCUCCUCCCGGAUGGUCUUGUGACACGUUUGACCACUUACUCGGACCUCGACUGUGAGUUGCAUAUUAUUGACAUAUUGAGUCAUGGUGCUGUGAUUGCCUAAUAUGUGUUACAGUAAAAGUCCUAAAUGUAGACUGAUAAAGCCAGCACACUGAUAAAUGAUCAGCAAUAAUGCCUCUCUCUGGUAUCAGAACUCUGACUUGAGUCCGUCUCUGAUUAAUCUAUCUCCUAACUCAGACACUGACUCCCGUUUCCCCCUGUCCCCCUCUGGUGUGUUUCUGUAGGUACCCAGUCCAGCACUGUGAAGGAAUGGUACCAACACAGGCAUGACCACUUAAAGGAACGGGAACUGAAGAAAGCUAGCAAUGUCACUAUUGAGCAUUUCAGACCUGGACGAAGCUACGCUUUAAAAUGUAACUGUUAGAAAAUUGGACAAAGUGAUAAACACUUACUGUAACUUGAACCCAAUCUCAUAAGUGAUACAUCACUCUGCCAUAGUCAUGACAUAACAGCUAGUGUCAGUUUAUGACAACUGCCUUAACCAUGUUACAACUUUUACAUCAGAUAGUGGAUCUAAUAAAUGUGGACAAAAGUGACAAGAGAGCAUAGAUGACGAAUGUGUGUUUUGCUGUCAAGCCCACAGAUAUAUCACUAUGACUCCAGAGACAGAGCGUCAGAUGGAUUUCUACAGCCAUGCCCGAGCAGACGGGCUGGCCAGACGGGUCGAGAUGCCCUUUGAGAUGACAGAGACCUUCGAGGAUCGACCAGACUUCAUGUACCACCGUCAUGUCAUUUUUGGCAAGCGUGUCAAAGUGUUCGGCCCCAGUAAUACUGAGGCACCUGACCAGGGGCAACGCCCUUUACAGGUAAUACUGCUUACAUUACAUGAUAAUAACUGGUUGCACUACCAUUCAAACAUAACUCAGUUUGGGUAAACUUAACACCACCAUUAUAUGUCAUAUACAUGUCUGUAUCACUGGAAAAUAUAUGUCUAAACAUUUGACCAGCUUUGAUGAUAUCUCCGAUGGUCUAUGAGCAGAAGGUGGUGGAGCGGUUCAAUCGAGACCGGUCCAAGCCAGCCGGGGAGGACGUAGCAGAGCGUAUCUUUCUAGUGUCUGAGGACAGGAUCCAAGUGACAUACCACCGGGAGGACGACCGGGUUAUUCCUGCUUGGAGAAACUUCAUAAAGCCCAGAGAUUCAGGCGAUUCCCAGAACCCACACUCCUUCACCCCUCAAAUGGCCUCCACUUUCCAGGUCAUACAUCACCAGGAAAAAUAAACAGUACCUAAACAACAACCGAUUCACAGAUAAUUAAUUUACAACUCGCACCACAAGCAAUUUGAGAUAACAUAUUCUUCUGUUAAUUGGUUUGAAGUGAACUAGGGUGUUUUUCCAAUCAUCUUUAUGUAUGUGCUUUCAGGUAGAUCCAUUUGAGAAGCCCAGUAAGAAUCUCUUUCAGUAUGAAAUGCUAGUCCAUAUGAUGAAGGAGGAGGAAAGCGUUGCUCUCAGAGUCAAGGAGUCUGAAAAAGAGGUAUGCAUGUGUUGUGUGGGUACUCUGGCAUGAAUUGAGAAACCUUUUCCAGUAUGUCUUAAAAUGAGAGAAAUUGAAAAGUAAUACCCAGUAUGUAGUUGGUAAUUGAGAGUGCAUUUGUAUUUUUCCUCAGGUGAGGGCGAUACUGGGUGUUAGGGAACAAGAAGAGAGCAGUAUUGAGCUUCACAUCUCUAUCUACAACACAGCGAGAAAUGAGAGAGCACGCUGCCACCGAGAGGCACUGGUGAGAAUCACACUCUUAUCACAAAAGGCUGACUGACCCUCAGUAACCUCCUUAACCUAAUUCCACUCUACCUCAUGUCCAGGAGCGGACGGCCAAAGAGGAGCGUCUCCGACAGGAGGAGAAGGAGCUGGACUUCUUAGCACCGUUUCUGGCCCAGCUGGGUGACCCAGAGAACCUGACCAGACCGGCUGCUCUACAGCUGAGGAACGACUGCCUGGCUGACCUGAAGCAGCGGCUCAUUGAUAAGGCCAACCUCAUACAGGCUCGUUUUGAGAGGGUACGUCAAAACAGAGGAUAAGUGGAAUCAAAAGAACAAACAGUUUUGUGAAAAUCUGUACAAUAAUGUUAAAAUAAACAAAACAAGCAAAGGUUCAAGGUUUGGGAAUACUCAUGGUAGAACAAUAUUGGUAAAAUAAUGGUUUAAUUUUCAUGGGCAUCUCUAUAGUUUGUCAUGUUUCUCUAUUAAUGUAUUGUAAUGCAUACUGUAUGUUUAGGAGACCCAGGAGCUUCAACAGAAACAGCAGUGGUACCAGAAGAACCAGCUCACUAUGACCAAGGAGGAUGAAGAUGAAUACCUUGCCUACUGCUCUGAUGCCAUGUUCAGGAUCCAUAUUCUCAAACUGCGUCUGAGCAGGUAAGCACUAAAAAGUUUCAGUGUCAAAGCCUUGAUUUAUCAUCGAUAUAGUAAUUAUUUCACAUGACUGGGCUUUAAUAUAGAUGUUUACAUACUUCCAUUGUUAUUUUGUGUUUCAGGCAUAAGGACAAAGCCCCCCAGAAAUACAUGGCUCUGGAUGAGAGACUGAGACGAGACCCCAGACUGGCCAAUCACCUGUGGUGAUGAACAUGGACACGUACAGCUCCCUAAUCACAUCCUUCCCCCACCCCAUGAUCUGACACUCCUCAAUUUCUCUGUCUUGAUUAGGUAUACCACCACUCAAAGCAAU